CACCUCAACCAGGCUACAAGUCCUACUUUUUGCUAGCUUCCGGUCAGAAGAAGCCAUAGAAGACAUAUAGCCGGCCAGGAAGAAGAAAGAGGAGAAGGAAGGGGGAAGAAAGAACAGCGGCGACGCGCGUCUACCGAUCAUCUUCAAUUCUCGCAGAUUGGAAUUGGAUGUGAAGAAUUGAAGCUCAUUUUUGAAUCAUCUUUCCUGCUAUAGCUUCAGUCCAGUUGGGAGACAUCCGAGCCGAGAGGAUCCGAUAAGGUUAUCAAGAAGCUGCCUCUGGACAGGUAGCGGCUUGUGCAUGCAGGUUGUUGGCAUAUAGGCAAGUGAUUGCAUGCAUGGGGGAUAGGCCAUGGCAGCAGCCACCUGAGCAGGCUUCCUAUCCACACGCAGGGAUGAUCCAAGCUGCUUCCUCCUCCGCCCAUGGCGGUAUCAUUGCAGCAGAAAGGAACCUGGAGGGGGAUACGACAUGGCGGAAUUCGAUCAAGCCCUCUUCCUCUACCUCAACAGCCAGGAUCAAACAUCAGCUGCUCAUCAUCAAGAUCAGCCUCAAACUCUCAACAUCUUCCCUUCUCAGCCAAUGCACAUCGCCGAGCCUGCGCCAAAGCAGGGAUCCAUGGGGACUAGCAACACGGCGCCGAUCGCCGGCGCCGGCCCUUCGAAGCAGCCGCCGCCGCCAUCCAACCACCCGUCGAGGCCGACUCCGGCAGCGCUGAAGGACGGCAAGCCGGCAGGCGUCAAGAGAGAAGGGAGCAGCGGUGCCGCCACGGGCAGCGGGACGCCGUCGACCUCGAACCAACAGGAGGGCCCCAGAACGCCGGACGCCAAGACGCUGAGAAGGCUCGCUCAGAACAGGGAGGCGGCAAGGAAAAGCAGGCUCAGAAAGAAGGCCUACAUUCAGAACCUAGAGACAAGCAGGAUUAGGCUGUCCCAGCUGGAACAAGAGUUGCACAGAUCCAGAAAUCAGGGAGCAGUGUUUGGUGGUGGAGCUCUUUCUGGCAGCAAUGGCGGACUAAGCCCAGAGGCGGCCUGGUUCGACAUGGAGCACGCGCGGUGGCAGGAGGAGCACGGCAAGAUGAUGCGGCACCUGCGGGCGGCGCUGGAGGCGGCCGAUCAGCAGCACCCCGCGGCGCCGGCGCCGGCGCCGGCGGCGGACGCGCAGCUGCGGCAGCUGGUGGACGCGGCCGCGGCGCACCACGGCGUGCUGGCGGACCUCAAGGCCGCCGUGGCGAGCGCCGACGCGUUCCACCUCGUGUCCGGCGCGUGGGCGUCCGCCGCCGAGCGCUGCUUCCUCUGGAUCGGCGGCUUCCGCCCCUCGGAGCUCAUCAAGGUAGCCGCCCGGCACGCGGAGCCCCUCACGGAGCCGCAGGCGAUGGGCGUCUGCGGCGUGCAGCAGUGGGCGAGGGAGGCGGAGGCGGCGCUGGACCACGAGCUGCAGGCGAUGCACCGCUCCGUCUCGGAGGCCGUCUCCUCCGACGCGGCGGCGCUGCUCUGCCCCUACUCCGACGUGCCCGGCUACAUGGCCACCAUGUCCCUCGCCAUCGCCAAGCUCGCCUCCCUCGAAGCCUUCGUCAGGCAGGCGGACGCGCUGAGGCUGCAGGCGCUGCACCGGCUGCCGCAGAUCCUGACGGCGCGGCAGGCGGCGCGGUGCUUCCUCGCCAUCGCCGACUACUCCCACCGCCUCCGCGCGCUCAGCGAGCUCUGGCACACCCGGCCGCGCCACGAGCCGGUGGCGACCAUCCCGGCGGCGGGGCCCAGCCACGGACAACCCUUCCAAAGUAGUAGGGCCGGUGGCUUACUAUAGAUGCAGCCUCCGGAAAGUGAUAUGGGAUAGUUUCAGAGAUGCGUAUAGAGGUGAUCAGGAAUUCAGAUGACCCAUUUCUCGACUAUUUGACAUCAGUUCUAGGAGUAUUUAUAUAUAUGUAACUAUGUAUACAUAGGAGCUGAUUCAGCAUUAGGAAAUAGGAAGGAAUAACCAUUGAAACUGCCAAAUUGCCAAGCUGAUUCAGCCAGUGUUGACAUGUCAGACACUCAGAAGAUUGAUAAAUGGUGACAGGAUAAAUUAUUGCAGAA